UAAUUCUAUAUUUGUCUUCAUAACUAUUGUUGUUUCUGCAAAUCCAAACUAUUAUUCUGGUUAUUCUACCCAUAAAUUACUCUGUUACUCAUAUAGUGCGGAAGAAUAUUAUCAAUUCUUCAAAAGGAAAGAAAUUAUAUAUAUAUAAAUCAGCAAAAAGAAUAUAAUGGCCGAUGAGCAGCCUUCCCAGUUGGCCAAUUAUGAAUGCGGCGUCAAGAAGAAUUUAGUGAUCAUCAGUGAGAAAGCCGAAAGCGAAAGCGAGGAAGAUGAAACAUUUUCUGAUGUAACGCUGAUCAGGAAUGGACAGGAUCCCAACGGCUGCUGCUUUGAUCCUGUUGAGAGAAUUGCCCAUGGAUUUAAGCACUUUCUCUCAAAUAAAUUUUAUAAGUAUCCAUGCUUGUUUAACGAACUUGCCGAAUCCCAACAUCCUAAGUUUUUGGUGUUCGCAUGCUCUGACUCUCGAGUGAGUCCUUCCCAUAUCUUAAAUUUUCAACCAGGUGAAGCUUUUAUGGCCCGUAAUAUCGGCAACUUGAUUCCAAUUUUUGACACGUUGAAAUACUCUGGAGUUGGUUCAAUCAUUGAAUAUGCAGUAGAAGAACUUAAGGUGGAGAAUAUUUUGGUAAUUGGACAUAGUCGUUGUGGUGGCGUAAAAAGACUUAUGUCUUAUCCUGAAGAUGGUUCUCCUCGUUUUGACUUCAUUGAUGAUUGGGUCAAUAUUGCGCAAGUUGCCAAAGAUAAAGUCAAAGCUGAACACAGUGAUUUAUCAUUUGAGGAACAAUGUGAAAUAUGUGCUGAGGAAGCGGUGAAUCUAUCUCUGAAGAAUCUACAUUCUUAUCCAUUUGUUAAAAAAGGAGUUGAAGAGAAGAAGAUAGCACUUAGGGGUGGAUAUUACGAUUUUGUGAAUGGAUCUUUCAAGCUUUGGGAACUUGAGUGAAUUAUUAAUUAUAAUUUCAAACUCCCAAUUUCCAUUUGAUUUUCUCACAACUUAUGUUUUCAUAUAUAAUUAAUGCGUAGUGUGUUUGAUCGUUUGUAGUGUGUUACUUAAUUAGUUAAGCAUCAUUUUCCUUAUUUAUUAUCGAAAGUAAUAAAGAAUUAGGAAAGCAGUUAUUCAUUGCUUUUCUUUAGUUUGUUUCCUUCUCUAAUUGUAAUAUUCCGUCCAAUAAGAUUGAAGAAAUCUUUCUCAGCUUCAUGUUCC